CAAUUAUCCUCCCUUGAUUUCAUCAAAUCUCUGCUGUACGAAGAGGAUGAAAACAGACCUAAACUGAAUCCGACGGAUACGAUUUCUUCCUCUUCGUUAACCAAUCUGGAUCUGUUUCUUGAUCGACUUCGCUUCCGUCGGGCAAGCUAUCCAGAUACUGUUGGUUCUGCAGGAGCUGUUUACUCCAGCCAAGUUUUAUCAGAAACUUGGUACCGUCACCUGCUUUCUCAUUGACCUCAUUGAUGUGGUCCAUAUAAUUCGAUCAAUAAUGUUUGUAUAUGCUUCAUAGCAAUGCAAGAAAAAUCAGCAAACGCUCGGGAACAACAUUCCUUGCUUGAAACAUCUUAGUUCACUCCAAAGAACAUUUACCAUCAUGAAUGGUUCAGCUGCUAGUGAGGGUGAUGGUUCAAACAAAUAUAGGAAUCCAACGGAAGUUUGCAACCUUCCCAAUUCAAGUGACGGGCCACGACACCGCCCUUUAACUCCGUUAAGGGUUUUACGGGGUGUGUUAUGUCUUGUAGUACUACUUUCAACAGCAUUUAUGACUUUAGUCUACUGGGCUCCCAUGACAGCUGUCAUGUUGCGGCUUUUCAGUAUUCGUUAUAGCAGGAGAGCAACAUCCAUCCUGUUUGGCACAUGGUUAGCUUUGUGGCCCUUUCUAUUUGAGAAGAUAAACCAGACAAAAGUGGUUUUUGCUGGAGAAACUGUUCCUGAGAGGGAACGAGUCUUGCUUCUUGCGAACCAUAGAACUGAGGUUGACUGGAUGUAUUUGUGGGACCUUGCACUGCGAAAAGGUCGUUUGGGGUAUAUUAAGUACAUCCUUAAGAGCAGCCUGAUGAAAUUACCCAUCUUUGGUUGGGGCUUUCACAUUCUCGAGUUCAUAUCAGUGGAGAGGAAGUGGAAAAUCGAUGAGCCAAUGAUGCAUCGGAUGCUUUCGACUUUUGUGGAUCCUCGAGAUCCCCUUUGGCUUGCUGUUUUCCCCGAAGGCACCGACUUUACCGAAGAGAAGUGCAUUCGUAGUCAAAAGUUUCAAGCUGAGAAUGGCUUGCCCAUCCUAAAGAAUGUGCUUUGUCCGAAGACGAAAGGUUUCCAUGCCUGUGUGGAAGCUCUUAGGAACUCCUUAGAUGCAGUUUAUGAUGUUACUAUUGGAUACAAGCACCGCUGCCCACAUUUCAUGGACAAUGUCUUUGGCGUGGAUCCUUCUGAAGUUCACCUCCACAUUCGGCGUAUCCCGCUCAAAGACAUCCCUACAUCCGAAAAUGAGGCUGCCGCUUGGUUGAUGGAGGCGUUCCGGCUCAAGGAUCAGCUGCUCUCCAAUUUUACCACCAAAGGCCAUUUCCCUGAUCAAGGAACAGAAGGAGAUCUUUCUACAUUGAAAUGCCUGGUAAAUGUUGUGGUGGUUAUUGCAUUAACCAGCAUAUGCACUUAUGUCACAAUUUUCUCAUCCGUCUGGUUCAAAAUAUAUGUAGCUUUGAGCUGUGUCUAUCUUGCAACUGCAACCUACUUCAAUCUUCGUCCAUCUCCUAUUCUAGGCUCAGUGAAAUCCUUGUUUUGCGGCAAGAAAUUCAAUUAGUGGUUAGAUCGUGUAACACGCUAUCAAAAUUUCCCCAAUUUAAGCACGGAUUAUUCUUGCUCAGGUGCUA